CUUUUGGAUUGCGCAUUCCUUGUCAUUCACAUUAUCUACCCUUCACACCAAUAGACGGACUUCUACAAGCAACAACCCGUGGUGUGUCUUUUGUUCUUCUCACAAUUUACAUUCUUUGAUAGAUAAAAUGGUUAACUUUAAGGCAACAGCCGUUGCUCUUCUUGCAGCUGGGGCUUGCACAGCAUGGCAACCAAAUGCGGCCACCUUUAUUUCUUCCAGUAGGGCUUCCAUCGCGCGAGCGAACUCCCAGGCCAUCCAGAGCUCUUCCGCAUUGAACAUGGUCGUCUCGGAUCCUACCGCUGCGGGACCUGCUGGGGGAGGAGGCAUGUUCACUGCCUCCAACUCUGAAAACCGCCGUGUGCUUCCGGAAAACCCAGGCGACCGUCCUACCAUGAAGAUCGUUUAUGUGGUCUUGGAAAGUCAAUAUCAAUCUUCCAUGACUGCUGCUGUUAAGAGAAUCAAUGCUGGUUCCGAGAACAUGGCUGUAGAAUGUGUUGGUUACCUUUUGGAAGAAUUGCGAAACGAUGAUGCCUUUGAUCAAUUCAAAAAGGAUGUUGAAGAUGCCGACGUCUUCAUUGGUUCCCUGAUCUUCGUCCAGGAACUUGCCGAAAAGGUCGUCGAAGUCGUCCAACCACAACGUGAGCGGAUGGAUGCUGUCCUUGUUUUCCCUUCCAUGCCUGAAGUUAUGCGUAUGAACAAAAUCGGUAGCUUCACCAUGAAGAACUUGGGACAAUCUAAGAGUGUCGUCGCUGACUUCAUGAAAAAGAAAAAGCAAGAAGACGGGUCAUCCUUCGAGGAGGGUAUGCUUAAGCUUCUUCGAACUCUUCCAAAGGUUCUCAAGUUCCUUCCUAGUGACAAGGCUGCUGAUGCCCGAACUUUCAUGAUGUCUUUCCAAUACUGGUUGGGAGGAUCCCCCGAGAAUCUUGAAUCCCUUAUCACCAUGGUUGGACAGGACUAUGUCGGCCCCAUCAAGGAGUCAAUGGUUGGCAAGGAGAAAGUUGUUGCCGAGGAGCCAGUGUUGCUCCCCGACAAGGCCAUCUGGCACCCUGUCGCCCCUGAUAUUGUCUUUGAGAAUAGCGCAAAGUACUUUGAGUGGUACAACAACGAAUUCUGCCCUGAUGCUGGUAUUGAUGUCAAGACUGCGCCAACUGUCGGUAUCAUCCUUCAAAAGUCUCACAUCAACACCAAGGAUGACACACACUACGUCUCCUUGAUCUCUGAACUUGAGAGCCGUGGAUCUAGAGUUGUCCCCAUCUACUCUGGAGGUCUGGACUUCUCCGGUCCCGUUGAGGAUUUCUUCUACGAUGCCAGUGGAAACCCAAUUGUCGACACCGUUAUCAACCUGACUGGUUUCGCUCUUGUGGGAGGCCCCGCCUCUCAGGAUCACGACAAGGCUUCGAAGGUGUUGAAGAAGCUCAACCGUCCUUACAUGUGUGCCGUCCCUCUUGUUUUCCAGUCGUUCGAAGAGUGGCAGUCGUCUGAAUUGGGUCUGCACCCUAUCCAGGUGGCUCUUCAGGUGUCUCUGCCCGAAAUCGAUGGUGCCAUUGAACCCAUCAUCUUUGCUGGACGUGAGGGAGCUACAGGCCGAAGUGUGCCACUCGCUGACCGUGUGAACUUGUUGGCCGACCGUGCCCUCAAGUGGGCCAACCUUCGUACCAAGCCAAACGUUGACAAGAAGAUUGCCGUCACAAUCUUCUCUUUCCCUCCCGAUAAGGGUAAUGUGGGAACAGCUGCCUACCUCGAUGUCUUUGAUUCCAUCGCGGCUGUCCUCAAGCAGUUGAAGACAGAUGGAUAUGACAUUGGUGAUGCUCCCUUCGACAAGUCAGAAAUCAUGGAGUCUGUCCUCAACGACCCCGAAGCCAGGAUCUCAUCCCCCGAGCUUAAUGUUGCGUACCGAAUGAGCACUGACGAGUACUACGAGCUGACCCCUUACGCUGAAGAGCUCGAGGAGAACUGGGGUCCUGCUCCAGGAAACCUGAACUCUGACGGACAGAACCUUGUGGUUUACGGAAAGCAAUUCGGAAACGUCUUCAUUGGUGUACAGCCUUCUUUCGGAUAUGAAGGUGAUCCGAUGCGUCUUCUCUUUGCGAAGUCUGCCAGUCCCCAUCAUGGUUUCGCUGCCUACUACACAUACCUCGAGAAGAUCUUCCAGGCCGAUGCUGUCCUCCAUUUUGGAACACACGGAAGUCUUGAGUUCAUGCCUGGAAAGCAAGUUGGUAUGUCUGGCACUUGCUACCCCGAUCGUCUCAUCAACUCUCUUCCCUCGGCGUACCUGUACGCUGCAAACAACCCUUCUGAGGCCACAAUCGCCAAGAGACGUUCGUACUCUGCGACUGUCUCGUACCUCACACCUCCGGCCGAAAACGCUGGACUGUACAAGGGUUUGAAGGAACUCAAGGAGUUGAUCUCAUCGUACCAAGGUCUCAGAGAAAACGAAGCUCGCGGUCCUGCCAUCGUGAACUCCAUUGUGUCGACAGCAUACUCUUGCAACCUCGACAAGGAUGUGGACCUCCCCGCGUUGGACAGCUACGAUGCCAAGGGAGAUACUGCGGAACGCCGUGAUGACAUUGUUGGUCAGGUCUACUCUGAGAUCAUGCAAAUUGAGAGUCGGCUGUUGCCCUGUGGUCUCCACACAGUCGGUGUGCCACCUACUGCUGAAGAAGCCAUUGCUACCCUCGUUAACAUUGCUCAACUUGACAGACCCGAGGAUAAAAUCGAAGGUCUCCCACGAGUGAUUGCUGCUUCUGUUGGUCGUGAUAUUAACGAGGUUUACAGAGGAAAUAACGUUGGUAUUCUUGACGACGUCGAGCUCAACACCAAGAUCACAGAAGCUUCCAGGGCUGCUGUUCGUGCCCUUGUCGACCAGUCAACCAACUCUGAUGGACGCAUCAAGGAGGUCAACACCAUGUUCGACGAUAUGGGUUCUUUCUUCGGAAACAUGAUGGGCAAGAAAUCACCAUGGACACAAGCUAUCAUUGAUGCCGGAUUCCCCAAGGUUCAGGAAGAGCGUUUGACUGGUGUCGUCAAGUACCUUGAAUUCUGCUUGAAGCAAGUUGUUGCCAACCAGGAACUCGGAGGAAUCAUGCAACUUUUGAACGGAGAGUUCUUGAUGCCUGCUCCCGGUGGUGACCCCAUCCGAAACCCAGAUGUGUUGCCCACUGGUCGUAACAUGCACGCUCUUGAUCCCUCUGCCAUUCCCACACAAGCCGCCGUUGAAGUCUCUCAAGAUGUGGUCAGGAAGUUGUUGGAGAAAUUGUCUGAUGACAACGAUGGCCAGUUCCCUGAGAGCAUUGCCUUCACUCUCUGGGGUACAGACAACAUCAAGACAUAUGGCGAAUCUUUGGCUCAAGUCCUUGCAUUGGUUGGUGUCAAGCCUGUGCCUGAUUCCCUGGGACGUGUCAACAAGGUGGAGCUCAUCCCUCUCGAGGAACUUGGCCGUCCUCGUAUCGACGUUGUUGUCUCCUGUUCUGGUGUAUUCCGCGAUUUGUUCAUCAACCAAAUGAACUUGAUGGAUCGCGCCAUCAAGAUGGCCGCUGAAGCCGACGAGCCUCUUGAGCAAAACUUUGUUCGCAAGCACGCUCUUGAGCAAGCCGAGGAACUUGGUGUGUCUCUUCGUGACGCCGCUUGCCGUGUCUUCUCCAAUUCUGCGGGUUCCUACAGUGCCAACGUUGGUCUUGCUAUCGAGAACGGUGGAUGGGAGGACGAGACUCAGUUGCAGGACCAAUUCCUUACACGAAAGGGAUUUGCCUUCAACGCAGACAAGCCUGGAAUGAUGGAACAACAGGCGGAACUCUUCAAGUCGUCUCUGAAGAGGGUUGAUGUAACUUUCCAGAACCUUGAUUCUUCGGAGAUUUCCAUCACGGAUGUGUCUCAUUACUACGAUUCUGAUCCCACCAAGGUCGUUCAAGGACUCCGCGACGACAAGAAGAAGCCGAUGUCCUUCAUGGCCGAUACAACAACCGCCAAUGCCCAAGUGAGAUCUCUUGCUGAAACUGUUCGUCUCGAUGCCCGAACUAAGCUUUUGAACCCCAAAUUCUACGACGGUAUGCUUGCAACCGGAUACGAAGGUGUCCGUGAAAUCCAAAAGCGUCUACGAAAUACCAUGGGUUGGUCUGCUACUGCUGGGGAGGUUGACAACUUCGUCUUCGAGGAUGCCAACAGUGUUUUCAUUGAUGACCCCGAGAUGCAACAAAAACUGUUGGACACCAACCCCAACGCCUUCCGUGAUAUGGUUACAACCUUCUUGGAAGCCAACGGGCGUGGAUACUGGGACACAUCGGAUGAGAACAUUGAACGAUUGCAAGAGUUGUAUGCUGAGGUGGAGGACAGAAUUGAAGGCGUUUAAACAGCUAACACCACUGGACACAUGCAUGAAUAUAAAAAGAGAUUCGGAGUAGUCUGAUAAAGAUACUUUAAAAGGUUGUGUACAUACGCUCUCAGAACACAUUUUCUCGCCCAUUAGUAUCAC